AUGCCUCCGAAACCCGCAGUCCGUGGCGAGUACAUUGAAACUGAAACCGGCAACAAAAUCAGUCGAAAAGCCAGUGUCCUCGGUCCACGACAUAUAAUAUUGGCCGGCAAAUGUGUGAUACAGAACGAUGUCGUGAUUCGCGGUGACCUGGUGCGUCCUGCGCAGCCUAAACCUCCUCCCCAGCAAGGCGAACAGAAGUCUGCCACGCCCGACCAAACGUCGAUACACCUCGGUCGUUACGUUUUCAUCAGCCCGGGCUGUACACUGCAUCCUCCGUCGCGCCUCACCACGGUCGCGAACCCCAAUGGCGGCGAGCCACAGCAGAUCAUGACUUACUUCAUGCUGAGGAUCUCCGACUAUGUCUACAUUGGCCCGAACACGCACGUCAGAGCGGCGGAGAUUAAGAGCAAUGUCUACAUUGGCGCUAACUGCACCGUUGGAAAUAUGGUCAUUAUCAAAGAUAAUGUCAAGAUCCUCGAUGGGACCGUGCUUCCUGCAAACACGGUGUGGGCUGGUGGCACCAUCAUUGCAGGGAGGCCUGGGCGUGUUGUCGGAGAGAUUGGUGAAGGUUGGGCCGCUAAUGGGACUAGUGGCUCGACUAUGGACGAAGGCGUGGGUGUCAGAAGCAGAGAGAGAUGGGCAGCCGUUGGAAACAAGCGAUGA